CCCGGCGGGGCCAACACCUGCGGGCGGGGCUGCUCCCACCUGCGCUCGGCGGCGGCAGCGCUCGGCAGCUCCGUCCGCGGCGGUACCGGUAGCGGCCCGGUCCCUGAGCCAUGGGGCGGCGGUGGGGCUCUCCCGCCCCGCAGAGCUUCCCCGUGUUGGUGUUGCUGCUGCUGCUCCAGGUGUGCGACCGGCGGUGCGACGAGGCAGCCCCCUGCCAGCCCGGCUUUACUGCUGAGACCUUCGCCUUCACUGUGCCCCGGGACAGCGUGGCGGCGGGCAGAGAGCUGGGACGAGUGAGCUUUGCAGCCUGCAGCGGGCGGCCGUGGGUCGUGUAUGUCCCGGCCGACACACGCUUCAAGGUGAACGUGGAUGGCGUCGUCUCGACGAAACGGCCACUGACGCUCCAUGGGAGAGAGAUCAGCUUCAUUGUGUAUGCGCGGGAUGCCAUGGGCAAGAGGCACUCAGCCCGGGUGACAGUGGGAAGGCACCGGCACCGGCACAAGCACCAGCACCUGCAGGACAUGACACCGGCUGUGCUGACCUUCCCCGAGCACGACUCUGGCUUCCUCCGGCGGCAGAAGAGGGACUGGGUCAUCCCCCCCAUCAGCUGCCUCGAGAACCACCGGGGGCCCUACCCCAUGAGGCUGGUGCAGGUACGGGGCUGAGGGCUGAGCCGCCGCCGGCCC